CCACACUGUAGCACCCAUUAUGCUCAGCUCAUGUUUCCGGAGUCUUUCAUGCUUCUUUCUUCUUCAGCCCCCAAAAACAAAAAUCCCAAAAAUUUUUUUUUUUUAAUCAAAAUCGAAAAAACCCAAAUUUUGUUUUGUUGAUUUUGGAAGAUGGGAAUCAUAAAGAGUAGCUUUUCGUUCAUAGUAGGGACGGUGUGUGGAAUAUACAUAGCUCAAAACUACGCCGUUCCGAACAUAAGGAAGCUCACCCACGAUGCCCUCUACAAGGCCAAGCUCGUCGAAGAGAAGUACCGAAAGCCCAAAACCAAGGCCGACUACGACGACGACGAUGGCUAGGAUCCGACCCGACCUGACCCCGUCUUGCCAAAAUCCAACCAGGACAACACACUAUGACGAAAAGAAUUUGUACAAGUUAGUUGAUUAAGGGAGUUUACUAAAUGGGGGAGGAGCUGGACAGCAGCUUGGAAAAAGAUUCUCACCUGUGAGAAUGAGAAUCUCGUCAAGAUGGGCUUUUCAAUGGUGAGUAGGUUUUGUACGUGCCGUUGUAGUGGGGAGACUGUGGAUCACCUCUUGAUUCACCUUAGCAUGUCUUUUGAGUUAUGGAGUUUUAUUUUUAGGAUAUUUGGGGUUCAAUGGGUUUUACUAGAGAAGGUUCUUGAUUUAUUAUGCGGGUGGCAAUGUUGUGGACCUAAUUCGGAUAUCUGGAAUCUUAUCCCUUUAUGUUUGAUGUGGACUAUAUGGAGGGAAUGAAAUUGGCGUAUUUUUGAAGAUGUGGAGUGCAUGUCUUCUCAAAUACAUGUAUCCUUCAUUAGUUCUCUUUACAAGUGGUCUUUUGUAUCCGGUCUUACUGAUAUUAACUCUAUUCACUCCUUCAUAGAGUCAACUCAUAUGUAGAUAUUAUCCCAUUGUAAUUCUUUAUGCUACUUCGUGUUUAUUUUCACGACGUAGUCUCUUUUCAAUAAUAUUAUUUUUACCUAUCAAAAAAAAAAAAAAAAGUUUUGAGGAGCUGGUUCUAGCAAUGUCAUUAUGUAUUUGGUAGACCUUGUAUGUCUAUUUGUAAUAGUUGUUUUUCAUUUGGAUUACCCAUGUAGACAGUCGCUAUGUUUGGGAGUUUAGAAAAGAAUUAAUGGUUAAAUCAUAAAUGAAUGGAAAAUAGAAGGAAUAUUGUGUA